CAAUAGCAUAGCCUGAAGCAAAGCAUUUUGCUUUUAGUUUUGCUGGGAGAGAAAGAGACGAAAGGGAGAGUGUUAACUGUCAAGUGAAAUAGUAAAAGCAAGUGAAUGGCAGAGGCAGGAGCAGAGGCAUGCUCUUCUCCCACUAACUCUUUCUCUCUCUCUCUGACUCUCACACAGAGUUAAGUUACUCCUUCUUCUUCUUCUUCUUCUCUUAUCUUCUCUUUACAAAUAAAAAUUUUGACUGGUAAUUUUAGAGAGAGAGAGGGAGAGUAUUAUUGUUGAAGUAGUGUGGAAGCAGGAAGAAGAAUGGAAUUCGAGGAUCAACCAGAGCUUCACGAACAAGAAGAAGAGGAGGAAGAUGAAGACGGAUACGAAGACGAAGACGAGGCUAAUGAAGAGAGGUUUGUGGCGACCUACGAUUUGGUAGGAAAUAACAACAAUGAUAUUCAUAGCCCCUCCAGCUCCCGACCAAAAUUAAGCACCGCUACCGGCACACAGGAGCAAACGCCGGCGGUGGGGGGGACGCCGACGAGGAGGAGCAAGUACAGAGAGUGCCUGAAGAACCAGGCGGUCGGGAUCGGAUCCCACGCGGUGGACGGUUGCGGGGAGUUCCUGCCGUCCGGACCAGACGGCACCGUCGACGCCCUCAAAUGCGCCGCCUGCACCUGCCACCGCAACUUCCACCGCCGCGAAAACGGGGAGUACUCCACCACCGCAUCACCGCCGCUCUUCUUCCACCACCACCACCACGCCGCCCUUCUUCCUGCUCCCCCGCCGCCUCACCUCCCACCGCCAUCGACGACGAGGCCGCAGCAAUUCGCUCCUCACUACCGGAGCAGCGCCGCCAGCGCUACCGCGGGGAGGAGCAACAAGAGGAGGCCGCCGCCUCUAACAUUGCCGUCGACGGCGGCGACGGCGUCGGAUCAGGAGGUGGAGGGUGGGUCGAAUCCCAGCAGCGGAGGCGGAGGCGGAGGAGGGAGGAAGAGGUUCAGGACGAGGUUCACGGCGGAGCAGAAGGAGCGGAUGUUUGAGCUGGCGGAGAGGCUUGGGUGGCGGAUCCGGAAGGAGGACGAGGCGGUGGUUGAGCAGUUCUGUCAAGAGUGGGGAUUGAGGCGUCAAGUUCUUAAGGUUUGGAUGCAUAACAACAAACACACCCUCGGCCUCAUUCCUAACAACAACAACAACAACAACAACAACAACAACCCUUCCCCUCACUUACAGAAUUAGGAAAGCUUUGAUUAGGAUUUACUACAGCCUGUUGAAGAAGUGGCCUUGGUGCUAGGAAUAUGGAUUCGAAACUGAGACCUUUUGAGACGAGUUCGAUAUCUUACAAGUCACUUGGGUUUCUAGUUAGGGUUUGUUUUCAUUUGUUUGGGAUUCCUUUCUUCACUGGGUUAGAGUUGUAGACAUAUAUAUUAGGUUAUUACUGGUACGUGGAAGGAAGGAAGGAAGGAAUUGUGAGAUUAGAUAUUGAUCCUGCUAAUUAAUUGCAUUUUCAAUGGGUGAAUAACAAUUCCCCCAGUGGUGUGAUGUGAAAUCAAGAAAGGCAAAAAAAAAAAAAAAACAGAAAAGAGAAGAUGUGGUGUUCCUUCCUUGGCAUUUUGUUGUCUGCUGCAGCUACUUGCUUGCUGCAUUGCAUAUGAUUGUGUGGUGUAGAGAAAACUUUGCUUUGUUUUCUGCAGCAUUGCAGUGACCAGUGGGUUUCGCUUCCCAAGGUUUUCCAAUGUCCAAUGUAUUAUCACUUACAUCAUCGGUACUAUUUGCUAGCAUGAGAAGAAGAAGAAGAAGAAGAAGAGAAUUGUGGGUUAUAGAGAGUUGCUGCCUGCCUAGGCCAGCAAUUAAUUACUCGUUAUGAGGUAGCUGGUACUGUUCAUAAUCUUGAUAAAAAUUCCAUUCUCUAUCUCUUUCUGACUUCCAUUUCCAUGCCUAUGUUGAAGGUAGGAAUGAAGGAGAUAGAGUAGCUAGUUAGCUAGAUGGUUGUAGUUGUUUGGAGGCUGAACCGGAAUCUAUGCAUCUAUGCUUUCAUAUUGUUGGACCGCGUGACAAUAAUUGUAUUAGAGAUAUACAACGGUAAUUUUCAUGUUCAUUAAAUCACACACUAUAUUUGAACCAUCUAACACAUGCAUGCAACGGUGGUGACAAAUUUAUAAAAAUGAUUAGGGGUGGAUAUAAGGUAUGCUAUCGGUAUCUAGUGAUGGCAAUGGGGCGGUGCGGGUACGUGGCGGGGGCGGGUCGACCCACUAUUACAUGUUAUUUGAAAAUAAUAUGCGGAAAAUUUUACUCUUUGCCAUAAAAACAAAGGGAAAAACACUUUAUGAAUGAAAAGUAGUGAGAAUAGAAUGGGUAAUUGAGUCUAACUUAUUGAAAGAUCAAGUCUAAUCGGUUGAAAAAUGCCAAAAUAGAAGAAAUAUGAACAGAUACUAGGUAAAACUGCAAUGAAAUGGGUCAAGAAUGGGGCGGGGCAGGACGGGUUGGAAGUAGAUACCCAUGCCCCGCACCAUUCUACUAUGGGGCGGGUAUUGACGGGUUGGAAGUAGAUACCCAUGCCCCGCACCAUUCUACUAUGGGUCGGGUAAUACCCGCCCCAUCGCGGGCCAGGUUGUGUAAUACCCGGCGGGGCGGGUUCAAAUUGCCAUCCCUAUCUUUAUCGCAAUACUAAAUAACAACGUCAUGAAAUCAAAUAGUAUGUCAUGAACUCAGUCCCAAAAUAAAUUCGGCGUCUAAGUUAUAAAUUAAAUAUAUAUACCCAAAUACUAGCUCCACAAAUCAUUCUCAAAAUAUUUAAAAACAAACAAUGAUGUGGUACAAACACUCAUGCAAAAUAGAUAGGAAAAUCUCAAGUAUAAUAACAACACACUAGAAAAAUGUAAUUCCUAAAAAGCACAUAAUAAACAAGGCAAAAAAAC